AUGGAAAGCCAGGGCGACGUAGCGCACGCGUGCGGAGAGGAGCAUGAGCGAAUACCCCCAAGAAAGAAGUACAGCAAUUUAGUGAAGAUAAGCAAAAAGGAAAUAGAAGGAUGCGAAAAUAAAAAUGACCUGCUGUUAAAGAAGAAGGAAGAGAGGAGAGCUCUGGAGUCGUUCCCAGAGAUGGUGGAGGAAACGCCUUCCCAUGAGUUGAAGAAGCUCCGAGAAGGUAUCUGCAACUUCGAAGAUGGAGCAGACGACGUUAUGAUGAGCCUAUACAUGAGCAAAACGCCGUGCAAAAGAUAUCACGAUGACAUGAUCUGUGAGAGUACCAACUAUGUAAAGACGUAUAGCAGCAAGAAGAGAAUAUACACGCCCAGGAAAGUGAACAAGGGAAAUUUGUUCGAGUUCGAAAAUGAGGAGAGCGGCAAAGCGUCCAUGUUUACCACCCCAAAAAGGAAGUACACAAAUAAGAGGAAGAUUAAUGAAAUGGACAGAAGCAAGUACGCCGCCAACGGGGUAGACGCUGCUAACCCGAUGGACGCCACUCCCGCGGGAGAAAAGUGGCGAAUGCAGGAGUCAAACAUGCAGGAGCUGCCCGAGUACAUAAAGAACGAGUACAUCUCCUACCUGUGCAGCCCGUUGAAGCGAAGCGAGAGGCUGAUAAAGUCGAGGAUAAAUAAAAUGCUAAACGAAAAUAUAGGGUAUGAGAAGCAAGCGAACUCGGAAGGUACAGAAAGAGACAUGAAUAGCAACAACACUACCAGCUACACGUCGAGCUACUCGGGAAUAUCAAAGAGUGAAGAAACCCUUUGCGACUUCGAACCAGAAGAAGAAGAAAAAUGUUGGGAUGAUUACUACACACAAGGGAAUGACAAGGUAAGGCCCUUCACCGGAAUAACAACAGAGCUAGCUGUCGACAUGAUCACAGAAUUGUUAAAAUCUAAGAUUAGGAAAAUCGUUAUUGACGAGAAGGAGUACUUUUCUCCCAUUAGCGAAAAUGACACCAUUAUGGAAGUAGGACAUGGGAAUCAUCCACUUGCUGUACAGAUGCAUGAAAAGUGGGGGACGACUGGAAGGUACAUAGGAGUGGAGUUCAGUGGAUUGGCUAGCCAGGAAGCUUUAAAAUGUGAAAAAUUGAAAAAACUCUUUCUAACGAGAAAAGUUGAAUUCGUCAAAGUACUAAGCAUGAAGUAUUUUAAAGACGAUUAUCUAAACGGCCUUGUAGUACAGUCCAACAUUUCUCCCUGUAAUGAGAAAGCAGAUUUUGUAAAAAUGAAUACCUUUAAGUAUAUCUUUGCAAAGAGUACCUUGGAUUAUAUUACUUGCCGAAUGGAUAAUAUUGGAAAUAGUGGUGACUGGGAAGAGGAUCUCCAGAUAUCUCCUUCUGUCGUGGACAUGUUUGACAGCUUGGCAGACUCGUUACAGAAUUGUAGAAGCAAUAGCAACCGAUGUAACUCCUGCAUCAUUUUUGUAGAGCCCAGCAAUUCCUCCAAAUUCCGGGAUCAUAUUCUGACCAUAUUUAAGGCCAUUUACACAGCCACGUUUAAGUACAGGAGUGCGGCAAAAUUUCUCCGCCUCAGCAAAAUUACCAAUAAUCCAAAGGCUUGUGGGUAUAUGAUUGAGAAGAGGAAUGAGGUGUAUCGUGACUUUGAGGAAAUCAGACAGGAGUUUCUCAAGCUCAUCAUUAAGGCAUCUGUCACGAAGAACGUGGACGAGGUCGACUGGUACCUGCCUAAUGAGGCCCCCAGAAAAUGGAUCAGCAGCAACCCCGCCGAUAUUGAGUACCUCGUCAAGCUGGAUGGCAACAGCUUUUGA